AUGGAGCUGUCGGAGAUCGAGGACCUGCCGAAGAAGCUGCUUCGGGAGGAGGCUGGUCGCGCCUUCCGUCUCCAAGCCUCGGCUUCAAUGGACAUGUGGCUCUGCGUUAAGCGGGCCAUCAAUGCCGCCGAGAAGGCGAAGAAAUUAUACGAAGACGGCAGGGCGAAGGUUGCCGAAGCUGGCAAGGCCAUCCAAGCCCAGGCAAACUUGGCCAAGGACAUGCAGGCUGCCGAACGGCAGGUGAAGGUUUAUCAGGCCAAACUUGGCGAGAUGUCUGCGGCAUUGGAGGCGGCUCAGCUGACGGCAAAAGAGGCUCUGGAGUCGAAGGAGGCGAUCCAGGUGGCUUUCGAGGAGUCCGAGCGGGCCAGGGCUUCCGAGAUCGAGGCUGCCGUUCAGAAGGCGAUCCAGGGCUACCGUCGGUCUACCGAGUUCUCUACCUUGCUGGACAAGGAGGUAGGAUCGGAAAUGGCGGACCUGCUCUACCGUUUCAAGCGGUACAACCCUGGGAAAAAGCUCAACCUCAACUUCAUUGCUGACCCACCCCCCCUUCCUGAGGGCAUAAUCGAAGAGAUGAUCGAGGAGUACGAGGGGGAGGAUGUGACAGAGGAGGUCCCAGCUGAACCCGAAGGGAUAACUGCCGAAGCCGAUGGUGCUGCCCCUGAUGCCGACGAAGCUGCCGCCUGA